AUGAUUAUUGUUCUUUUUAUUAAUACAUUUAUACAAUGCACAGAACAUGAAUCUACUAUACAGACUACUACUACAUCAAACGAAACAAUAACAUCUGUUCAAACUAAACUACCACCAACAACAACAACAACAACAGCAAAAGUACGAUUAUCUAUGGAAGAGAAAAUGAAGGCAAUGAAGUCAGGAAAUAUGAAUAGUACAUUUUCCAAUAAGAGUCUUAUUGUUCCACCAAAUAAACUUUUUCGUGAAUAUUUACGUUGUCGUCAAUUAAGUUCUCUCAAUAAAUUACCAUCUCCUUCGGCAUGUCCAUAUGAUUAUGAAGAUAAUAUUCGUGUUUGUUGGAGAGCAACAGCUAAUGGUACUUUGGCAACAAAUAUAAUUGAAUAUGAUCAUGGUCAAAAUAAUUUUUAUGAUGGUGUUCGUUAUGGAAUUGAAAAUUGUACCCUAGAACGUUUUUGUAUGAAUAAUGGAAGUUGGGCACCGACUAUUUCACCUGAUCUUCAAUGUAAAUUAUGUGUUGGUGAUGGUCGACCAGUUAAAUUUAAUUCAAUUAGUAUCAUGAUAGAGACAAUGAGUUUAAGUUUAUCCCUAUUAUCAUUAACCAUUGCUGUUUUAUGCAUGAUAAAUGUCAAACGACUGCAUUUACCCCGAAACCUGCUUCAUAUGCAUCUAUUCGUUGCUUUUAUUUUUCGUUCAAUUGUUAAAUUAGUUUUUAUUCAUCUUAUUAUCGGUGGUUAUACACGUUCAAUGGUAUCAUAUACACAAGAUAAAUGUGGAAUGAUAGAAAUUGUAUCAAAAUCAUCAAGUUUAUUUCAUGUAAGUCUUAUUUCUAUGUAAAUAUUACCAAUUGGCGUCAUGUCAAUAAAUAACUAUAGAUAUUUGUCAUUGAAGAAUAACAUGUCUUAUAACGCAUUAUCUUAAAACAAUUAAAAAGUGUACAGAGAUGGAUAGAAGGAAGAAGUUUAUAAUAGAUACAUUUUUUUUCAAGGAUUUUAAUUACAGUUUGUUUAGUAAAACUACAGUUCAUUAAUCAUUCCUACGGACUAAUAAAAAUCUAUGAAAUCUUCUGAUAGAUCUCAUAUGUUGUAUCGAGAAGAAUAAGUUAAACUGGGCUUUUAUUGACUAUGGUGCGAAAUGCACUGAAACAAUGAAAAAUGAGAGACAUGAAGCAGCUGUGUACUCAGAAUAGCAAAUUUGUUUCAUCAAUCACUGAUAACUCAGCUGGUUUUGAUAAGAGUACAUCGGGAAAAUGAUUUUAUUACUACGCAACUAGAGUUUUAAGGUUU